AUGAAAACGCCACUGGUGUCCUAUGUGUGCCUUUUGGCGCUCCUCUCGAGGUCAUCGAGCUCCGAUGGUCAGAUCGUCUUCCCCGAUGAAACAGCCGAAGAUCAGUCGAAGAAUGGUACAGUAAUCGGCUCAUUCGAGAGCCGGAACGGAACGGACUUCGGUGCGCUCGACGCUGGCAAUGGGACGGCCAAUGGGACUGAAGAACGAGGACUCCUGCUCAAGCUCUUGAAAGGCGCCCACAAAGGUCACGGGUACAAAAGUGAGGGUGGAGGAAUCAGCUUGAACAUCGGGAUUUCGGCCGGCGGCUACAAACACGGCGGAUACGGCGGCCACGGGUACGGCGGAGGCUACGGCAAGGGAUACGGGGGGCAUCACGGAGGGGGAUAUGGAGGCGGUUACGGAGGGGGAUAUGGAGGCGGUCACGGAGGGGGAUAUGGCGGCGGGUAUGGAGGUGGCUAUGGCGGAGGUUACGGCGGUGGGGGAUACGGUGGCGGCCACAGUUCGGGCACCUAUGCACAAGGAAACUACGGAGGAGGUGGCGGAUACCAACAUUCCGGGGGUCAAGAUUUCCACAAAGUAUACGGGACGAAAGAAACAUAUGGAACCCGGGAGACCUACGGGGCAGUUUCUGGAUCGUCCCACAAUCAAGGCUCGGGCCACGAUUCCUACGGUGGCAAUUACCAGCAAGGCGGAUACAGUCAAGGAGGUUAUAGCGGAGGCUAUGGAGGAGGCAAUGGCGGCGGAUUCGGAGGGGGCUACGGUGGCGGCACUGGUGGAGGUUACGGAGGUGGCUACGGCGGAGGUCAUGGAGGAGGCUACGGUGGUGGCUAUGGGGGAGGUUACGGCGGUGGCUACGGCGGCGGUUACGGAGGAGGUUACGGAGGCGGCUACGGUGGUGGCUACGGCGGAGGCCACGGCGGAGGCCACGGCGGAGGCUACGGAAGCUCGGGAUUCAGCCAAGGAGCUGGAGCCGCCGGACAAUUCGCUGGCCAGGGAGCUUACAAUUACAAUCAAGGACACUCUUCGAGCACCGGCUUCGGCAAUAAGGAAUCAUGGGGAAACAAGGAAGCUUUCGGCAAAGAAGCAGCUGCGUCUCACGCCGUUGGUGCAGGACAACAGAGUCAUGCAUCUGGAUUCAACAAUGCGGGCCACUCUUCCGGGAGCAACGUGGCUAGCAGUUCCGCCGGAAUCGCACCCGUCUCCGGAAUAAUCGGCGGGGGAGUCGGUCCCGUCGUGGGUCCCGUCGGCGGAGGGAUCGUACCGGUGGGUGGAGCCGUCGGUGGGGGUGUCGUUCCCGUCGGUGGAGCCGUCGGGGGAGGCGUGCUUCCUGUUGGAGGCGUCGUAGCUCCCGUCGGAGGCGUUGGGGCUGUCGGUGGCGGUGUGGGCGCUGUCGGUGGCGGUCUUGGCGCCACCGGUGUCGGAGCUUCUUACGUCGAAGGAGGUUCGGUCAGCUCCGGUGCAGUCGGCGGAGGCGUCGUAGGAGGAGGGGUGGCUCCGGUCGGCGUUGUGGGAGGAGGUGUUGCUCCGGUCGGCGUCGUAGGAGGAGGCGUGCCCGUUGCUCCCGUGGUCGGCGGGGGAAUCGCUCCUGUCGGUCUCGUUGGAGGAUCUUCGUAUAAAGAAGGAUUCGCUCAAGGACAACAAGCGUCCGGAGCCGCUAAGGCAGAUUCAGCCUACGGAUACAAUCACGGGGGCUCGGCCACCAAGACGUUCGGAAACAAAGAAUCAUUCGGUACCAAAGAAUCUUUUGGAUCCGAGAGUAGUUCAGGACAUGCCGUAGGAAGCGGCGCACAAUCGUCCGCAUCCCAGGGAUCCCAAUUAUCGUUCGCUCAAGGAGAGAAAGCACAAACCGUUGUCGGUUAG